UCAUCGGCUCGCUACGUCAGUCGCCCGUCGUCCGUCGAUUUGUGCAGUCUGGCCGAGCCGAGUGGUGAAAUACUUUACCGGGCGCCAUUUUGCUCACUUGGAAGCGUUGGAGGCAGCCGCUUGUUUGUGCGUCCAGGGAAGAAGUUAUUGUCGGAAAUCGGUGUUUAAAAAGUGUAGUUGUGAAUAGUACUGUAUUGUGGUUGAAAAGGUUCAGCAUCCGAAUUCAACGCAAACUACAGGCGACGGCGGCAGUGACGACGAACCUUUUUGGCGAUUUUGAAGGGAUUUUGCGGAAAAAUGGUAGAUUCUCAGGAUUUGAACGUCGCUUAUGAGGAGGAGGUCAAUAGCGACGAGGAGAUGUUCCCGGACGGAUCGCAACCGCAGUACGGUGAGCUGAAGGACUUGGACAGCCAGACCAUGCAGCUGUUCAACAGUCAGACCUACGCGGAUGACGCAAAUCGAAUAUUGAAGUUGGAGGAUUUUGCUGGAGCUUCGCAAGAGAUAGAGCUGGCCAGCUCGCUUAAAGGCUUCGAGAAUCUAGCUCCAGGUGAAUCAGUUGAGCUGGACGUGUACGCGUCACACAUUGAUCCACCAACGUCCACUACGUUGCAUCACUUGAAGCAAUUUCCAUCGCUGGAGGUCAUGGUGCAGCCGUGGAUCAACUUCCGGGUGAAUCUACCGAGUGACGCUAGUGACAAAACGAGCUGGAUGUACUCGGACAAGCUGCAGAAGCUGUUUGUGAAAAUGGGCAAUACCUGCACGUUCAACGUGCAGCUGAUGGCGUCUCCGGAAGUUACGACGGUGGUCCGAGCCAUGGUGGUUUGCUCUUCGCCAGAGGAUCAACAUCACCCGGUGUCGCGGUGCGACAAUCAUCGGUGCAGCGAUAACCAGGAUAUCCCUGACGACAUUAAAAUGCACGUAAUACGUUGCAAAAACGAACAAGUCAGCUACGUUGGUACCAAAGACGGAAAGGUGUUCGAGGAACGGCUUGCCAUUCUGGUCCCGAUGGAACACACAAAUCGUGCCGGCAUCACGCUGGAGUUUGUCUGCCAGAACUCGUGCCGGAACAUCAAUCGCCGUGCCACUGCGCUGGUUUUCACACUGGAAGAUCAAACUGGCCGGAUUCUCGGACGUCAGAUGUUCCAAAUCAAAAUCUGCACCAACAUCAAGCGUGACAAGCUAAACGAGGAGAACGCCGUGAAGGAGGAAGCGACGAGCCGGAAACGGAAAGCCGAGCGCCCGUAUGAGGUCAAGAAGGGAAAGAAACUCAUGCGUCAGAGCUCGCUCGUCCAGGUCAAGGACGAGUUCGGAGGUCCACGGCGGUGCGAGAUCGACCCGGUCGUAGUGCAGGUUACCCUUCCGAACCGGCGGAUGGCCAAACGGAUGCUGGAAAACGCAAUCGGCCAGGUAUCGACCGCCAUCGUGCGGUCUUCGGUGGACUCCGAGCGCAACCAGCUGAUGCAGUACGUUCACGACAUUCGGCGGAACAAAUCUUCGUUCGGGUUUCCCAACAGCCAAAGCAGCGUGGAUAGCGAUUAGGGAGAGCAUGACAAAAACCAUCUAUAUUUACAAAGUUAUCUGUUAGCACUACUUAGUAGAUUUAAGUAAAAAGUGUAUUUAUAAGUUUGUAUUAUUACCUGAUCUAAACAAAGUUAUUUUAAAAAAGAACAAAACCAUUUAAAACAAAUAUAAAGCAAAAUUUUAACUAAAAGA